AUGAAGAAGAAGAAUACUGAAGAUUAUCCAUGUAAGUAAGUAUGAAGAACACUCAAACACUUCAUCACUCUUCUUGUUAAUUAACUAGCAAUCAUCAUCAUCAUUAUGAGGCCCAAACGCAGACAUAACGCCGCCGCCAUAAGAAAGGAAAAGGAAAAACAAUCUUACCAAAUUCAAAACCAGCAAGUCUACUCUAAUGAUCAUCAAGAUUCAGUCAACGGGCAAUCAUCCACAAGACCAUCCUCUUCCUUUCCCGAUCUUAUGCAUAAAUCUCAGAGCAAUCCAGUUAUUUUCCCUAAUUCUCAUCUCUAUCAUCUCCACUCUUGGCCACCGCCUUCCGCCACUUCAGUUCCAUACAACAGAGACGAACCCUCCAGCAGCACCAGCAGCCAUUUGAGACCCACCACUUCACUCCAUCCAACAUUUCCAAUUGCCACUUCCGGUAGUGUCCCUGAAUUUUCCACCCCAAUUCACAGACAUGGGGAUCCGUUGCUUAAUUGGCAACAAAGUUUACCCCCUGGUCAAACUUCCGGCACCGCCGUUCCUGCUUAUCCAAUGUUCUACAUUGACAGACCUGCUUCAACUCCUCCUCCUGAUGGACAUGGUUUAGUGGGUGAAUCAGAUACUAAGAUCAGAGUAUCAAGAAAAGAAUCAACAGAAAUCGAUAUAUCUCAUCAACUUCAAUCUCAAUCUUAUGCACAGAGUUCAACUGUUCAAAGAAGAUUUCCUGCUAUAACCACUAGUGGAAACAGGUUCGAGCAUCUUGCUAUGUGUGUGCCACUUUAUCAAGCUGCUUUGAGAGGUGAUUGGGGUUUGGCCAAAUCCAUUUUCGAUAAACAUCCGUCUGCUUUCCUCUAUGGAAUAACUGUGGGUGAGGAGACUGUUCUUCACAUUGCAGCUGCAGCAAAACAUGUUGAAUUUGUGAAGAAGCUUGUGGAUCUUAUAGGAGUAGAGGAUUUAACUUUGCAGAACAAGUAUGGAAACACAGCACUCUGUUUUGCUGCAGCCUCUGGAGUGGUGAAGAUUGCUGAGAUAAUGGUUAAGAUGAAUCCAAAACUACCUAUGAUCCCAGGAAGCCAGAAUAUGGUGCCACUUCACCUAGCAGCUUUGCUUGGCCAUAGAUCCAUGUCGUAUUAUCUAUACGAUGUUACCAAAUUCGAACAUUUGGAACGCGACGAACAGGUGGAGCUUCUUAGUGCAACCAUUUCCACUGGUAUCUAUGAUCUGGCUCUGCGUAUAUUGAAGAAAGACCCCUCUUUAGCAAUAACUCGAAACCGACAUAAAGAAACAGCUCUACACGUCUUAGCGCGUAAGCCAUCAGAAAUCAGCUGGGGUAGUCAACUAGGAUUCAAGGAAAAGGUUCUUAAAAGAUGUUUCAAAUGGUUGUACAACAAAGCAGUGAUGAAAACACUGGCUCAUCAGCUGGUUACUGAAAUAUGGAAUCAAGUUCUACAAUUAUCCGAAAAGGAGAUUACAGAUUUGAUCAGUAAACCAUCAAGGUUAUUAUUUGAUGCAGUUGAACAAGGAAAUGUAGAGUUCUUAGUUAUGCUUGUAGGAUCAUACCCAGAUCUAUUGUGGAGUGUUAAUGGAAGACAACACAGUUUGUUUCACACUGCUAUUCUAUGCCGACAAGAACACAUCUUGAAACUGAUAUAUGAAAUUGGAGCAAUAAAAGACUUAAUUGUCUGUCUUACAGACAAAGACGACAACAAUAUGCUUCAUUUUGCUGGAAAAUUAGCACCUCCAAGUCGAUUAACCAUUGUAUCAGGUGCUGCUCUUCAAAUGCAAAGAGAGCUCCUCUGGUUUAAGGAAAUUGAAAAGAUUGUCCCACCAUCCUUUACCAAGAUGAAGAACUCAAGCCGUCAAACGCCACAUGAUCUGUUCACGAAGGAACAUCAAGAGCUUCGUAGAGACGGCGAGAAAUGGAUGAAGGAAACCGCUACUUCUUGUAUGCUGGUGGCUACUUUAAUCGCCACCGUCGUGUUUGCAGCGGCCUUCACUGUGCCGGGUGGCAUUAAAAACGAUACGGGUAUUCCUGUUUUUCUCAAGGAGAAGUUGUUUACUGCGUUUGCGAUUUCGGACGCUGUGGCUAUGCUAACUUCGACUACUUCAGUAUUGAUAUUUCUCUCGAUUCUGACUUCGAGAUAUGCAGAACAGGAUUUUUUGUUCUCUUUACCUGGAAAGCUAACUUUGGGUUUGACGACACUUUUUGCGUCGAUCGGGAGCAUGGUGCUUGCAUUCACAGCUGCAUUUUUCAUGCUUUAUCAUGGAGAAAUGAAAGGUGUGCCCAUUUUCAUUGCUUCAAUGGCGGGUGUUCCAGUCACCUUGUUUGUUUUGUUGUAUUAUAAGCUAUGGGUUGAGGUAUUACGUUCCACGUUUUGGUCUAACCUUCUGUUUCAGCACAGUAAACGCAGAUUGUUCUAAAGCUUGUUUUAUCUUGUUUA